AGAAAAGAAAGGGUUGAAAUUUAAGUUAUAGUGAAUCUUUAAAUUUAAUUGUUAUAUGCGUACUUCUUUGGAUUAUGUUUUACUAAAAAGAGGUUUUACUUAACACCAGUUAGGGAAUUGAAGUGGAAUUCCAGGUUGAUAAUUAGUAACACCGAUUUUAAUUAUCUGGAUUUGCCUUACAUGGUUUUGUGGUGAGAAUGGCCGAGGGAGAAAAUGCUACUAUUCUGACAUAUGUUCGGGAAAAAGAGGCGGCAAAAGAAGAAGUGAAAAAGAUAGAAAAAGAAUUAGCCGUCACGAAAUCCAAACUGUACGACGCAAACCUAAAGAUUGACGAGCUCAAAGAAAAGAUAAAGACGUUAGAGGCGAGUAAACCCUCCACAAAGACACAACCUGCAAAGGCGGCAAAUGGCAAAGCAAGCAGCAAUAAUAAAGGAAAUCCCGGUAAAAAAUCAGCACCCCAAGGUAAAAAGUUAGGAGGGAGUGCAGACAAAGCCUCACUAGCUCCCCCAGCAGACUCUGGAGCCUCCAGCAGGCCGGGGUCAGCCACGACCCGUCACCCUCCUAUAGUCGGCAAAGAGGCCCUCUCACAGGACUCCGUGGAGUACUACAGAGAAAUAGGAAAACAAUUUCCAGAUAUCAAACUCUCAGUCGUUAUGGAUGCAGAGAGCAAAUUCAACCAAGCAGACCUCAACGGAGACGGGCAAAUCGACAAGGACGAAUUAGAUCGAGUUUUGGCCCAUCAUGUGGCAUUGUUUACACCUGCCAUGAUUCAGGAACUGAUCAAAGAAAUUGACCAGGAUGAUAAUGAUACACUGGAAUUCAUGGAAAUUUUAACGAUAUUGGAUAAAAUGGGCAAAAGGAGGCAGAAAUUGUCCAAUAUACCCACAGCAAUCCAAGACAAUAGUACAAAAGUCUGUUCUAUACAAUAGUGUCAGGAGGAUUACCAUACAAACUCAGGACUACAAAUCUCUUCUAAACAAUACUGUUGUGUAGUGAAAUAAUCAUAUAUAAAACUCAGGAGAAGACUAUUCUGUGUCAUGAGGAUUGGUGCAAAACUUGGGAUUUCAUUUGUGAUAUUAAGAGGCUAAAAUUUCAAGACUGACAAAAGUGCAGCAAAGGAACAAAAUGAAUCAAUGUCAAAAGGAUGCCAACAGGGCUUAAUCCCCAUGGAGUCAAAAAGAAAACAGCUGCUUAGGAAAUAUAAUUUUACAGAUUAAACCAUUUAAUUUGAUUUUUAUCUCAGCAAUAAGCUGUUUAAUCGAAUACAAAUCCCCACUAGAAAUAUCACCCAGUAGGCUUUAGUUGCAUUUUAAUUAAUGGUCAUGUUAUGAUCUACUUUAGAGGACAUAAAUAUAUUAUUUAUAUGUUUAAAUGCCAUAAGGUAUUUAAUGUUUUCAUUUAUUCAGGUCAAUCAAAAUUCUGUUGUUUAUUUUAAUGUCUCAAUGAAAUUAAUACUUGGUUUUUGUCCAGGAUUGAAAAUCUAUAUA